CAGUGUGAAAUAAACUCGUAAUUCUUAUUGAAUUCUCAAAAACCAUUUGGUAUAUAAAAUGUCAUCUAAACAAGGUUCCAAUGAAAAGUAUAAUCCAGAUGAUAUAAUUAAAAUUUUAGUUGCAACCGAUAUUCAUCUUGGUUUUGAACAUAACAAAAAGGGAGGACAAAAAAUUGAAGAUAGUUUUACAACUUUUGAAGAAAUACUUCAAUAUGGUAAAGAGAAUGAAGUUGACUUUGUACUUCUUGGUGGAGAUUUAUUUCAUGAUACCAAGCCAUCACAAACUGCAAUGAUAAAAUGUAUGGAACUAUUAAGGAAAUACUGUUUAGGUCCAAGGGAAGUAAAAAUUCAGUUCUUAAGUGAUCCAGAAGUUAUAUUUCGGCAUUGUAUGUAUAAAACUGUAAAUUAUGAAGAUCCAAAUUUAAAUGUUAGCAUGCCAGUAUUUUCUAUCCAUGGAAAUCAUGAUGACCCAAGUUUUGGAGCUAUUGGCUCAAUGGAUUUGUUAUCAGUAUCUGGUCUAAUAAAUUAUUUUGGAAAAUGGACAAAUCUUUGUCAAGUAACUAUUCCUCCUCUAAUAAUAAAGAAAGGUGAAACUCAUAUUGCACUCUAUGGUUUAAGUUACAUAAGUGAUCAAAGAUUAGCACGAUUACUAAGAGAUUAUAAGGUUAAUAUGUUAUGUCCAAAAGAAAUACCAGAUUGUUUCAAUAUAUGUGUUUUACAUCAAAAUCGUGCAAAGCAUGGUGACUAUGCAUAUAUUCCUGAAAAUAAACUCCCGAAUUUCCUUAAUUUCGUUAUAUGGGGUCAUGAACAUGAGUGCCGCAUCACACCAGAAUAUAUUUCAGACACUGAAUAUUUUAUUUCACAACCAGGAAGUUCUAUUGCAACCUCCUUAUGUGAAGGUGAAGCAAAACCUAAACAUGUUGGUAUCUUAACUAUAUGCAAGACGAAUUUUAAAAUGAAAGAAGUGAACCUAAAAACUGUCAGACCAUUUGUCUUUGAUAACUUGAUUCUUCAAGAUGAGAACAUACCAAAAAAUUAUACUGAGUCACUUUCUGCAUCUGUGUGCAAUUUUGUUGAUAAUUACAUAGAAAAUGAACUUAUACCUAAAGCUGCUGCACAAUUGACUAAUCAUCCUAAACAACCUAUUCAGCCCUUAUUACGUUUAAGAAUAUUUUAUAACUCUGAAGAAGAAGUAUUUGAUGGAAUUAAAUUGGCACAAAAAUAUUGCGAUGAAGUUGCUAAUCCUAUGGAUAUGAUUAUAUUUCGUAAACAAAAAAAUUUAAACAAAGUAUCAAAAUCAAACUUAUCAAAUUUGAAUGACGAAAUGGACGAUGUGGAACAAAUUCUUUCUUAUGAUGAUGAUAAUAGGGAUUGGAACAAAACUGUACAAGGAGGAAUAAAAAAGCACUUCAGUUUGGAGGAAAAUAGAGAUAAACUGACAGUAUUAACAGUUAAUGGUUUAAAUGAAGCAUUAAAUCGAUUUGUUGAUAGAGGAGAUAUAGAUGCGUUUAAAGAUGUAGUAAGUCAUCAAAUGAAAAAAACCAUUGCACGAGAUAAAAGGUUGGAAGAAGAAGAUGAAGAACAAGUGCAGAUACAAGAAUUGUUUAAUAAAUCGAAAAACAGAGCAGAGAAGAAUUUAGAAAGCGAUUUAAGAAAGGAUUCCGAUGACAACUGCAGUGACGAUGAUGAAAUUCGUAGUAUGAAGCCCACAACCAAAGGUACAAGAGGUAGAGGAGCAACUAGGGGCCGAGGAAGUGGUCGUGGUAAAAGUAAAGUAAAUGAAAAGAAUCCCCUCGAUGUCACAACUACAUCACGUCAAUCUAAAGUUCAACAAGCAAAAAGACAGACAAGAAAGCAGAAUGAAAAUACAUUACAAAAUUACAUGGGAUUAUCAAGCCAAACUAAAACAAAGGCUUCGAACAUGGUAAUUAUAUCUGAUUAA